AAGGCAAAUGGAGUAUAAUAAAUAAAAAAAAUAAAACAGCCUGUUUCUUAUCUUGUUUACGGAGUAUAGCUUACCACUGAAGGCAGGAGGGACUUGAAAAAUGGUUGCACAAUCUUCAAUGGGUGAAGCAGCAUUAGGAGGAGAGAAGCAAAAUUCUGUGCUAUCUUCAAACUGUUUAAUUUCACUACCCUUCUCAACCCCUCCACUCUUUAAACAACUCCCAAAAUCAAAUCCAUCAUCAAAUGCCUUUCUUCAUUUUCAUAACUCUCUAGUCUCCACUGCUGACAAAUGUCUCAAUUUUCUGCAUUCUUUUGUUGCCACUAACCCCAUUUUCAACAAAAUCAUCUCUUCCUCUUCUCAUUUCUGUCAGCGCAGGACUUACCAGAACUUGGGUAAUCUGUCCCAUCACAAUUUUGCGGCUGUCUUGCCUGGUGAUGCAGUUGCAGGAAUUGUUGUUGCAAAUGGAGUUAUAAACUUCUUGAACAUCUACAAUUCAUUACUGGUUUGCAGGCUUGUUUUAACCUGGUUUCCAAACGCUCCUCCUGCAAUUGUCAGUCCCCUCAGCACUCUAUGUGACCCAUACUUGAACAUAUUCCGUGGGCUUAUUCCACCACUUGGAGGGACUCUGGAUCUUUCGCCUAUAUUGGCAUUUCUUGUUUUGAAUGCCUUCACUAGCACUGCAUCUGCACUUCCUGCUGAACUUCCAUCCACAACUUCGAGAGCAUCAUCAGAUACUCCACCUCGUGCACCGAUAUUUCAUCUAACUACAUCGCAGAAGAAAUGGAUGAGGAGACUUGCUGGAAACAACUCAAAGACUGCUGAUGGUGAAAGCUGAGCUGGUUUCUGCUCAUCAUUGAUAUAUUCAGUAAAUGCUCGAGCGCUAAGCAUUCUCUGUUUGACACUACACUUUGACAUUAAAAUGUAAAUUCGCUGUUGUGCUACAAAUCGGUUUUGUUUUCCAUGUAAACCAGAAAGCUUUUCAUCACUCUAUAAUGUAAAGAUUUCGUCAGUUCAGUAGCUUCUAUAUCUAAAAGAGAGGAGAUACUAAUGAUCUUUGGCUCUUAGUACAGCAUUACUGAAUACCUAAUGAUAAACAAUUAAACAUUCUCCUCUUCCUUUUGGAUAGAAUGUAAUAUUACAUUAUGUCA